UGUUUUUGGUCGGUCUGGUUUGGAUCCGUCCCUCUCCUUUUUACUUGCGAUUUCUAAUCCUCUUCCGAUUCCUGCCUUCCUCUGUUUUCAGGUUCCUUUUUCUCUUCCGAUUCCUGCUUCUGUAAAAAUUUCUCAGAACCAACCACCAGGUAUUAUCCCUGAAAAUUUGAAAAAAUGGAAGGAGAAGGAGGAGAAGAGCUCAGCAUACAGGAGCUGGCCUCCAAUCUCUCAACCUACAAAGAUCAGCUUCACCAGGUAAAGGAGCUUUUAGCUGAUGAUCCUGCAAACUCUGAGUAUGUUGACAUGGAAAGAGAGCUCAAUGAGGAAUCAUGUUGCUCAAACUAGCAACGCCAAUUAACUGCUAUGGCACCUGUGGAGGUUUGUUUUCUUUACAGGGUUGAAUAAGGUGUGCUUUGUGUGGUGAUGGUCAGCUUUCACCUUCUCUUUAAACUGAUUUCCGAUGUUCACACUGAGAUUCUAAGUUUGAAAUUUGACAAUAAUUUUCUCUUUACGAUGUAUGUCUAUUUGUAUGUAUGUUGUUUAAAUUUAGGUUUGAUAAUGCAGGUAAUUGCUCUGACAGAAGAACUACUUGCAACUGCAAAGCAAAAUCAGAAUUCCGGAUUAGAUUUCGGGACAAGUGAUAGUACAUCACCUAGUUUGCCCCAGACUCAGAGGAAUGAAAAUGAUUCAGGGAAUAUUUCCGAUUAUCAUGACAAGUUUUCUGUGGGCACAAAAGUUCAAGCUGUUUGGAGUGAAGAUGGGGAGUGGUAUGAUGCCACAAUCGAGUCUCUUACUCCAAAUGGGUAUUUCGUUACUUAUGAUAGCUGGGGGAAUAAAGAAGAGGUGGAUCCAGACAAUGUAAGACCAAUUCAAGAAGGGGCUGUCAAUGCAUUGCUGGAAGCUGAAAGGGUUGCUGAGGCCACAAAACAAGCACUCAAAAGGAAGAUUGCACAAGCUUCUUCUAUUGACUUCCAAUCACGAAGUUUACCACCAAAACUUCGUAUAGAACCUGAUGAUCCAGAGGAUGUGAAAGUUACCAAACGCAAAAAGAUACAUGCUUUCAAGUCGAAGAUGAGGAUGGAACAACUGGAAGUUACACAGAAUAAACGUCAAAAUGCUUGGCAACAGUUCCAAACAACCAAAGGCAAGACUAAGAAGAUUGGUUUCUUUUCUGGACGCAAGCGUGAGAGCAUUUUCAAGUCUCCUGAUGAUCCUUUUGGGAAGGUUGGGGUGACUGGAAGUGGGAAGGGCUUGACAGAUUUUCAGAAGAGGGAAAAACACUUGCACCUCAAAGGGGGAACGGGUGAGAAUGAUGAAGAGGCUCCUUAGGUCCAUAGACUCCCUGCACUUGCAUAGCGACGAAGAAAAACAGUCUACCUGCCCUCCCUGUACCUUGUGAAAAGGUUUAGUCAGAACUUGUUAGCUCAAAACCCGUGGUAUGCCAUUGCCAUAUGCAUUGUUCUUACCCUCGUGUCGUGUUUAUUAUUGCCUUAUGAGUUGUAUUGUGUUACGCGUUUAUGUCUUGAAAUGAAGCAAUGGUUCGACUCCCAUUGAUUUUGAUCCG